AUGUCUGGCAAAGGUUUCGCGGCCAGCAGCGGCGGCGGGGUCCCCAACGUAGACGCCAAUACGCAAAAGUUGACCAAGCAGUCUGUUUUCGAAAAGCAAAAGGCCGAAGCCGAAGCAAAACGCCUGCGCGAGGCGGCCGAGACAAAAGCCGUGUACGAGGAUUUCGUCAAGAGCUUCGACCGCGACGCCGACGACGACGGCGAUAACCAUGGUAGCCACCACAGCGCCCGUCGAGAUGGCGGGUUUCACAACAGCCGAGGAGGCCCCCCUCGACAUGGCCUUGGCGGGGGAGGCGGCUCGCGGCGGCACUUUGGCGCUUCGUCGUCGGGUCUCAAGAGCGGCCCCGGCAGCCUGGGGCCUGCGCCAAACGCCUUUGGCAAGAAGCGCUCCUUUCAGGACUUUAAUAAGAGCUCCCCAGCGUCCCGCGAUCGUAGCAGUAUGGGGUUUGAGGACCCUCGCGGCGGGCCACAACAACAGCAGGCUAGCGCUUCCCUAAGCAAGGCGUUUGCGACGAGCGACGACGAGGACAUGGGCGAGGCACAGGACAGAGAAGAGGAAAAGGCGGUGGCGCGGCCGACGCUGCGGCUGUCGAAUGUGCCGCCGGGGACAUCGCCAGCUACAAUCAAGGCAAUGCUGCCGUCGAACCUGGUGGUAGAGAACGUCAAGGUGCUGCCGCCGCCGGCGGCCACCGGCACGGAGCGUAAAAACUUGGUGGUGAUCGUGACCAUGUCGCCAGAGACGCCGGCGACGGACAUGGAUGCGGCUGUGAGCGCGCUGCAGAACAGAUACAUGGGCUACGGCUACUACUUGGCGCUGCACAGGCACCUGUCUUCGGCGGUGGCGAGCUCUGCAGUGCUGCCGAAUUUGGGUUCCUCGAAUACUUCACAUCCGUUUGGCGCAAAACCCGUGGAACAGGCCGACGGGGGAAGCAAAAACACGCAGAAGCAGGGCUUCCACCGCGGAUUCGCGCCCCCGACUUCCUACGGACCCAACUACGCGGCGGUCAACCGCGCAAACAUCCUACAUGUGCCUGUCAAGCCGCCGCAGGAUGUGCGGACGAUACAGCUCAUCAACAUGGUCAUCGAAGGCGUGUUGGAGCACGGCCCUGAGUUUGAGGCGCUGCUCAUGUCGCGGCCCGAGGUCCAGCGCGAGCAGAAGUGGGCGUGGCUCUGGGAUGCACGCAGCGAGGGCGGCGUCUGGCUGCGCUGGAGGCUCUGGGAGGUGGUUACGGGCGCCCAGCCGCGCGGUCAACGGGGUAAAUACGUGCCACUGUUUGACGGGGCGCAUGCGUGGAAGUCGCCGGAGAAGCCGCUACCAUUUGAGUAUACAACGAAGCUGGACGAGUUUGUGUCGGACUCGGAAUACAACUCGUCGGACGACGAGGACUUGGAAGACGAAGCCAACAAUCGCGACGGCGAGGAAGGAGGUCGAUCGUUCCUCAAUCCGCUGGAAAAGGCCAAGUUGACGCAUCUCUUGGCGCGGUUGCCAACUACAACGAGCAGGCUACGAAAGGGAGACAUUGCUAGAAUCACUGCAUUCGCGAUUAUGCACGCUAGUCGUGGCGUGGAUGAGGUGGUGGACAUGAUGCUUACGAACAUCACGACACCCUUUUCGCUGGCUUCAGCGAAUCCCGAACGGGAAAAGGCUUCUUCUGCCGCCGGCGGCAACGACGAAGGCCCGCCGGACCUGAGUGGUGCGAGCCUCAUUGGGCUGUAUGUCAUCAACGAUGUGCUGUCGUCGUCGUCGACGAGCGGGGUGCGGCACGCGUGGCGGUACCGGCAGCUCAUCGAAGCGGCGCUGCGCUCGCGCGAUACGUUUGCAUGGCUGGGGCGCAUGGCGGAGCGACAAGGCUGGGGGCGCCUGCGGGCAGACAAGUGGAAGCGCAGUGUCGGGAUGGUGCUACACCUGUGGGAGGGGUGGUGCGCGUUCCCGGCGGCGAGCCAGGCCCUGUUUGUGGAGCGGUUCGAGAGUCCGCCGUCGCUGCAGCCAAUGGAGGCGGAGUCGGCACAGGAUGGCGGCGAGGGCGGCCAAGGCAAGGAUGCAAGGUGGAAGCUACUAGAGGCAAAGUCGGAAGAGAAGGAAGAGGAUGCGGAUGCGCAGGGCGAGCCGAUUGAGGAAGAUGAUGUGGAGGGUGAGCCUAUUGAAGAAGAUGAUGUGGAGGGGGAACCCAUUGAGGAGGAUGAUGUGGAGGGGGAACCGAUCGAUGAGAAUGAUAUAGAGGGAGAGCCAAUCGAGGAGGAUACUGUGGCAGGCGAGCCCAUGGACGAGGAUAUAGAUGAGGCAGCGCCGGGGACGACGGGGCAAGCUAGCAGCAACGGUGGCGCGGCGCCGGAGCCGGAGCCCGCGAGAGCUGGGCCCGGGCAGCCACGGAGACGGAUGCGGGCGGCGGACAUGUUUGCCGACAGCGGCGACGAUUCAUAA